AGUCAUUAUCCACAUUUAUGCAAUCAUAGAUGCUUAAUUAGCUAUAGCUCUAUCUAUAUUUUUAUCCAAAGAAUGAAAAGGAAGAUAAUGGAUCAGAGUAAGGGAUCAGAGAUUAGAUCUGCCAUUGAAGAACUGUCAGUCAUGGUUAAAGUUACAGGUAUAAUGACACUCCAAGCUGAAAAUGGUGAUCAUGAUGCUGCGUUUAUCAAUCAUGAGGCUGCUCAUAUUCCCGCCAGGCCCUUUCUUUCUCUUUGCUGCUUGCUUCUUCAAGUUCUGGAUAAAAUAGGACCGACGAUGUCAGUUCUACGACAGGAUAUUCAUCAAAAUAUUCGGAGAUUGGAAACAAGGCAUGAAUCUGAUCCUUCAACAUAUUCAAACAUGGUUGAGAUAUUGAAAACAGAAACCACGGACGGCACUGCAAGAAAUCUUACAAGUUGUAGUAGAGCUUUUGUUUGGCUCACCAGAUCCUUGGAUUUUACGGCAGAAUUAUUGUAAAAUGUAGCGGUGAACCCAGCAGGGCAGAACAUGAAGGAGGCAGUAGAAGAAUCUUACAACCUCACUCUAAAGCCAUGGCACAGAUGGAUUUCAUCAGCUGCUUCUAAAGUAGCUCUAAUGUUGGUGCCUGACAAUGAGACCUUCAUUAGUAGCCUCAUGGCCAAAGAUGAAAGCUAUGAUAACUUGAAACUUGAAAUGGAAGCCUUGGUUUCAUUACUUGUGCCUUAUCUUGAACAGAUCCACUCCAUUCUGAGGUUUUAUCACUUAGACAAGUUGAAGGCCAACUGAGGUGACAUGCAAACUGAAACAUAAAGUAAUGUAUAGAUAUGGGACGUCGCAGUCUCGCAGAUGAAGUGUCGUAAUUGCAUAUAUACACAUUAUCUAUGUACAAAAUGCAUGUAUUUGGUUUGUUAUUGAAAGACAAAACG